AUGGCAUCUCUGGGAGCCAAAUUGAGAUUUGUGGUCACUGCGGGCGUUGGAUUCUUCGCGGAUGGCUAUCUCAACCUAACGAUUGGACUUGUGGUACCAAUUCUGGGUUACUUAUACUUCCAAGAUGGCAAGGUCCCGCCAGUUGACAGCGACAUCAUGAAAGGUAGCCUGAGUUUGGGCAUGGUUGUUGGCCAGCUUCUUUUCGGGGUUCUGAGUGACGUUUUGGGUCGCCACACUAUAUAUGGCAAAGAGCUCCUCCUAACUAUAUUUGGAACCCUGAUGGUAGUCUUGUUGCCUUGGAACUGGAUGUCGGCCCAGUCUGUGACCGCAUGGAUUGCAAUAUUUCGUGUUGUGACCGGGGUAGGAAUUGGGGCCGACUAUCCAUUAUCUUCAUCUUUAUCGGCAGAAAAGUCACCAUUUGGCUCCCGUGCUAUCCAAGUGUUGACUGUCUUUUCAAAUAUCGGCCUCGGUAAUAUUGCAGCCAGCAUCGUGUUUCUGAUCUUGCUCAAGACAUUCGAGGGGUCGAUAGCCAACAAUCCGAGCCAUCUCGAAUGGGUCUGGCGUUUGCUAUUGGGCAUUGGAAUUGUGCCGGCGGUAUUCACUCUUUAUGCCCGCUUGACGAUCACAGAGACAUUGCCCUACAAGCAAUACAUCUGUGAUGAUGCCGUUGGGCAGAAACGGACGUUCCAGCAGCAGUGGGAAGACUUUCGCGAGUAUUUCGGUCACUGGAAACAUGCCAAACUCCUGUUCGCGACGGCGGCCUCCUGGUUUUUGUUCGAUAUCGCAUACUAUGGUAUCAAUCUCAACCAAAGCAUUAUCCUAGCAAGAAUCGGUUAUGCUAAUGGAACAACACCAUGGAGGACCCUGUACAACACCGCUGUGGGUAACAUAAUCAUACAGGCCGCAGGCUAUCUCCUCGGAGUUUACGUCGGCAUCUUCCUUCCUGAUCGUAUUGGUCGUGUACGCCAACAAUUUUGGACCUGUAUCAUGGUGUGCAUCCUUUAUGCCAUAUGGGCUGGAGUCAGCACACAGAGCGCGCACACUCCAACAGCUGGUUUGAUGAUUAUCUUUGCACUCUCGCAAUUUUUGCUGACGGUUGGACCUAAUUGCACGACGUUCCUGAUUCCCGCAGAAGUGUUCCCAACGCGCGUUCGAGGCACAUCACACGGAAUAUCUGCUGCAGCUGGAAAAUGCGGUGCAAUUGUGACUUCAUUUGCUUUCGGUACUAUUGAAGAUGUAAUGGGCUUGGAGGGUAUUCUUGGUUUGUUCUCAGGGAUCAUGCUGCUCACUGCUCUUGUAACUUUGCUGAUACCCGAGGCCAAGAAUAAAACUCUUGAGGGUAUUGAAAAAGGUGAGCUCUAG